GCCAGCAGCCAGACGGGAGGACAAGCAAGCAAGAAGCAAGCGAGAUGCUGCUGGCAAGACUUGUACUGGUGCUGGUCGCCAGUCACUGCUUGUGCCCUGCUGUGGCGCAACCAUCGCCCCCGAGUGGCUGGACAGACUACAUCAACGAAUACGACGAGGAACUGGACUUUACUUGCGCUCCAGGCAACGUCCUCUCUGGUCUCCUCAGCUACCACGACAACAAUAAAGAGGAUCGGCGGUGGGCAUUCACGUGCAAAGAGGCGGAGCUGUUUGAGCAUUGGGAGAGCGGAUGGAUCAACAACUUUGACGCGCCUGCAAGCAUCACCUGCCCAAGCGGCUUUGCACUCACCGGCCUACGAAGCUACCACGACUCAAACAAUGAGGACCGGAGAUCGCAGGCCCGUUGCCAGCGGUUCACCAGCCCGCUCGCAUAUGAGACAUCGUGCGCGUGGACGAACUACAUCAACACCUUUGAUGACCCCCUCUCUUGGUCCGUUUCUUCCACCCGCGUCAUUCGUGGGUUUGGCUCCUACCACAGCAACAACAACGAGGAUCGACGGUUCAAAUUCCUGCACUGCGGCGUUUCCUGCUUCCAACCGGCCGUGCAGUCCGAUGCACAAUGCGAAUGCACCUCCGACUACUUCAAGAACCACGGAACGUGCCAGCAAAUUCCAAUUGGUGCACCCGGUCCAAAGGGGUUCACGGGCGAUACCGGCGCGAAGGGUCCACAGGGUCCACAGGGAGCACGCGGCCCGCAAGGCGCUCCAGGCCAGGACGGUGCUGUUGGCGCCAAAGGGAUCAAGGGCGACAUGGGCGCACCAGGACCAGCCGGUCCGCAGGGCGAUCAAGGUUCUCCUGGCCCCAUUGGACCUCAGGGGCCUGUGGGGGUGCCUGGCCUUCAAGGCGUCAAGGGACCACAGGGGCUGCCGGGGCCACAGGGCGACCAGGGCAUCAAAGGUGUUCAAGGUGAUCCCGGCCCACAGGGCAGCCCAGGUCCCAGUGGCAUCCAGGGAGAUAAGGGCCCUGUGGGCGAUAUUGGGUUGCCCGGGCCACAAGGAAUUCCCGGCCCAAAAGGACCAACAGGCCCUGUUGGCGUGCGUGGAUUGAAAGGGCCAAUGGGCGACCCUGGGCCCAUUGGCGUACAAGGCGAUGUUGGUGCACAAGGCCCCCAGGGAAUCAAAGGGCUGCAAGGGUCACAGGGGCCACAGGGCCUAAAAGGAGCGCAGGGCCCACAAGGCGAUCCCGGCCUGCAGGGUGUCCAGGGCGACAAAGGCACAACAGGUGACCAAGGUCCUGUGGGUCCAAAGGGCCCUCGUGGCGAAGAUAUCAACCCAGCGCUGAUCCAGCACCUGCAGAGCAACAUCUCAAUCGAAGCGUCACAGACCAGCGACGCUGCCGAAUCCUUGAAUGCGGACAUAUCCUCGCGCAUCGUCAACACGUCGCUCACCACAGACGAGCUCAUGCGCAGCGCCAUCUCGCACGAGACGCAGCGCCAGGCCGCCGCCCGCUCCAUGCUGAGUCUGCAGAUUUCAACAGACCAGGCCGCCCUGUCCAGUGAAGUGCAGCGCGCCACGCAGGCGGAGUCCUCCCUCUCCGUGUCCGUGGCCGGGCUGAGCGGCGCCGUGGUGGGCGGUGUCUCCUCUGUAUCGCAGAUGAUCAGCGCAAUGGACAGCGGUGCCGUCGCGCGCGAGGCGUCCCUGCACGUGCGCGCCAGCAACGAGCGCAUCAGGGCAGACAGCGCGCACGCCUCGCUAGAAUCGCAACUCCAACAGCAGGCCAGCGCGGUGGCGGCUGCAGACGCACGUGCGCGCAGCACAGAGGACAUGCUUGCAAGCAGCCUGUCGUUGCAGGUGACAUCGAGCAUCAGCGGUGAGGCCACCACUGCCCAGAACGUGUCAUCCCUUGCAGCCCUGGCCCAUGCCCGCCAGCUGUCACUGCAAUCGGACAUUUCCUCCGCUACACAGGAGGCCGGGCACCAGGAGUCAUCCCUGCAGCGCCAGGCAGAGUCGCUCGUGUCCGCACUCAGCACGGAGGAGACACGGCGUGUGCAGGCCUCGUCCUCCCUGGCAUCCAGCAUACUCGCACGACGAUCAGGUGCCAUGGCGACAGAGUCAUCGCUAGCAGCAGCCAUCAGCGCACAGCGCACGUCCACGGGCACCAGCAUCUCCUCCCUCACCACUGCCCUCUCCUCUGCCGCAUCCCUUGGACAGCAGGCAGACGACAGCCUGGCGUCGCUGCUGUCUGCAACAGCAAACGCCGCCGUGUCCCGGGAAACGAGUCUGCAGCACACGCUCGACAGCGCCGUGUCCCUUGCCUCGUCUGCAGAGGCGACACUUGAUCGCGAGCUCAGCAUCGACGUGUCGCGUGCCGUGUCUGCAGAGGCGUCCAUAUCCACGGCCGUGCAGGACCGCAUCUCCACUGCAAAGGCGGAAGAGGCUGCGCUCGACAGCGCGCUGCAGUCACUGCAUGAUGUUGUGCGCGUGUCCAACGCGAACGUCUCCCUGCAGCUGCAGGCGGCCCAGUCCCGUGCUGUGCGCGAGGAAAGUCGCCUGUCCGCUGCCGUUGUCAGCGAAGCCAAUCGGGCCGAGCACGCCCGUGCGGACGUGGCAUCCUCCCUCUCCAGCGAGCACGUCCGCGCGCUGUCGGCCGUAUCGUCGCUCAACGCUGCCGGGCAUGACGCAAUGACCUCUGCGCAGUCAUCUGAAGCGCACGUGAGCAGUGCCAUCACAGCAGAGGCCGGCCGGGCGCAAUCGCGAGAGGAAAUCGUGAGCGCAGCCAUCAGCGCGCACACUGUCUCCCGCCUCUCUGCACAGGGCGUGCUGUCAUCGUCCAUUACCGCUGCUAGCAGCGCGGCAAGGGUAAAUGCUUCGCAGUUGCGCGCAAACGUUGCAGCGCUCUCCUCCACACUGCACCAGCAGCACAGCCAGCUUGAGACCUCGUUUGCGAUCGUUGCCUCUGACACGUCAACCGCCCUCAGCAGCCUGGAGGUGUUUCGCACUGCAGUCGACACCAGCGCGGUGUCCAGGGCGACGAGCAUUGCUGCCGACAUCUCAGCAGAGCAGAGCAGGUCGUCAGCGCAGCACGCGUCGCUCAACUCGCAGCUGUUAACAGCCAUCGCUCGGGCAGACAGUGCGCAGGCAGCGUUGAGGGUCGAGGAGCAGGGUGCGGCUUCCAGUGCCAGCACCGCCGCUUCGUCGCUGGCGGUGGCAGCAGAGCAGGAGCGGGCGCGCGCGGUAAACCGGACACUGGAGCUGAACAGCCAAGUGUUGCAGGAGCAGAGCCGCGUGCAAGUUGCGCAUGCGAGUGUUGCUGUCUCGCUGGCGCAGGUGUCAUCGGAAGCAAGCGCGCUCGCCGCCACGCACGGCAACUUUGUGUCCUCUGAACAGAGCAGAGGCGCCGACACCCGCGCGUCCAUCGCCACAGCGCUGUCUCGCGACACACAAACGCUACACGCCGUGGACGCGUCGCUGGAGACAUUCAUCUCGGACGCGUCGCAGCAGCUCAUCACAGCGGAUCAGCAGCUGUCCACUGAGCUCUCCGGUGUGCAGCAGACGCGGUUGGCGGCCGACGCUGCGCUGCGUGAGCACCUAACGUUCACGCACAGCACGCUGUCGACCAUGGUGGCGGUUGAAGCGGACAAGGCGGUUUCGCGGGAGCAGCGGGUGCUGGGGCGUCACGCCGCUGUCGCACAGGAGCUCAAGACAACGACGGUGAAGGCAAUCAUCGCCAACGAUGUUGCCUGCACGCUCGAGACGUGCAAUUCACAGAAGAUUGUCAUGUGUCCCAGCGCGGCCCACCCAAACGCUGGUGCAACGACAGGCCUGGUGCAGGAUCUGCUACUGGCGUUUCAGGCCAACCCGGAACGCUGGGUGCUCGACACAUCGCGACAGCCAAAGCCGUCCACAAUCGGCUUACAGGACCUUCGCAUUCCGCGCGCAUACAUUCGCACGUCGCGGCAGGAUGACGCAUGCCUGGAGUUUGACGUGGAUGUGGGCAGCGAGGCGGCGUACACGGCCGACUACACCGCGCCGGCACAGCAGCAGCAGCAGCAGCAAAGACGGCGGCGGAGGCGGAGUGUUGGAGAUGUGCGGGCGCCUGGCACUGACAGCACUGGUGGUGCUGAUGGCGCUGGUGGUGCUGAUGGCGCUUCAUCUAGUGGCAUGGAAUACAAGAACUCGAACCACCAGCAACAGUUGCGGGACCAACUAUCACAGCAGGAGCAGCAACAGUCUGUCGCGCGUUCGCGCCGGGUUGCCUUUGUGUCUGACGAUGACUUGGCAGAGUGGACGCGCCAGCUCAUGAUCACGGCUGGUGCGUCGCCCACUGUCGAUGCCACUGGCAGGAAGUUGGUUGUUUUUGUACCUGCAGCCGUGGACGACGCCUUGCAACAGGGCGGAACCAGCAACGGCGACGAUGAUGUGCUUUCCGUGUCUGCACAACUGAGUUCGCUUGACAAGCAGGUGGCUGCGGUGCGUCAGCACACGCACACGCUGCUUGCGGACACCAUGCGCGCAAUGGCCGACUUCAACACGACGUGGCAGGCGCUGCGUGAAGCGGAGGCCACGAUUGAGUCGCGGCUCACCACCACAGCCACCACGACCACGACCACGACAACGACCACCACAACCGCAACCACGACGACGACAACAACAACGACAACAACGAGCAGUGCACCGGACAGAGCGGGCGCGAGCACGUCCGUAUUUGGCUCUGCGCCGCCGCUGCUGGUUUAUGUUGCGAUUGGCAAUGCUGGCGCCAUCAUCAUCGCCGUCAUCGUCCUGAUUGUUGUGCGGCGGCGGUACGCCAGCCAGCCCAAGGUGCACGUGGCCAAGAAGCGCCAACCCCCCAACAAGCACUUGUCCACCUCGUCCCUUCCUGCAACAGCAACAACAUCCCCGUGGCGCCAUUCGUUUGUUGGUGCCGGCGCUGGCGUCCGCAAUUCCUUCAGCGGGGACAUGCCUGCUCUCCGCCGCCACUCCUCCUCGUCCACGACCAUCAUCGACGAGAUGUUGGGGGCGCGCACGGUGACGAACCCGCUGUUCCACACGGCGAUUGAGGAAGCAGACGAGGCGGAGGGUGCGAGUCAGUACUACCAGCAGGUGGAGCCUGUGAAGGAAGAUACAGACUCCGACGUGUUUGAUCUCGACGCCAUCGCCGGAGAGUGA